AUGCAUAUCUCGUCUCUUUUAACCCUAGCCCUGACCCUAGCCACCACAGUGUGCGGCUACGUCGUCAACGAGGGCACGACGUGCGAGAUCUACCCCGAAGCGCUGACACACAAUGCCAAGGCAGUAGACGAUUCGCCAUCAAUUCGCCAGGCGUUUGAUCUCUGCGGCAUCAAUGGCACGGUCAUCUUCACCAACAACACCUUUUCUAUCAACUCGGCGCUCAACACGACCAAUCUGCUAAAUUGCGAUGUUUCGCUGCGCGGCCAGUUGAAGUUUUCCACUAAUGUCCCGUACUGGCGCUCUCAUGGCUUCUCGGUAAUAUAUCAGAACCAAACCACAGCUUGGCUAUUUGGUGGCACCAACGUGACGCUGCGUGGUGAAGAAGGUGGAUGGAUUAAUGGCAAUGGCCAGACCUGGUAUACAGAGAACAGGAACGCAUCCAACCAGCCGGGUCGCCCAAUUACUCUCACUUUUUAUAACUCAACAAAUCUUUGGGUUGAUGGGCUCACGAUCAUCCAGCCUCAGUUCUGGGCGACGUUUGUCUGGCAGAGCACAAACGUGUCCAUUACCAAUCUCUUCGUCAAUGCUACGAGUGAUGAUGAGUGGGGGACCAUGAACACAGAUGGCUACGAUUCGUGGAGAAGUAGCAACCUGCUGGUGGAAAACGCUACUAUCACAAAUGGCGAUGACUGUGUGGCCGCAAAGGGCAACACGACGAAUCUCCUUGCUCGAAACAUCACCUGCAACCGCUCAACCGGGGUGACGAUUGGAUCCAUUGGACAGUACCCGGACUGGCCGGACUAUGUCCAAAACGUGACCUUUGACAACGUACGGCUGUUCAACUCCGAAGAUGGGGCGUACAUCAAGACAUGGCCGGGGGUAUCUGUGGAUGAGGACGGAAAUGGUGACACCGGUGGUGGCGGCGGCGGUCUGGUCAAGAACGUGACGUUUAGUAACUUCGAGUUGACCAAUGUCGGUCUUCCUAUACAGAUCUCGCAGUGCAUUUAUACCACGGCCGUUGGUAUAUGCAAUACCUCCAGACUGCAAGUUGAAGAUGUUUCGUUCGUGAACUUCACGGGUACUUCUACAUUCAAUGUAGCUGCUUCAUUGUAUUGUUCGCCUGAAGUGCCAUGCCCCGGUAUCAAGUUUGACAAUGUUUCUUUACAAUCUGUCAAUCGGACUCUUGGCUUGCCAUUGUGGAAUACGACAUUGCAGGAUGAGGUAUAUCAGUGUGCCCAUAUUGCCAGCCAGAAUGCUUCUGGUAUACCCUGCAAUUACCUUGCCCCAGACAAUUAUGGCCAGGAAGUAACCCAGAAUGUGCAAUAA